AUGAGCUUGAAUGACCCAGUCGAUGAUGUCGUGUCUUGCGCUGUGACAACUUUGUCAUCAUUGCUUUCCAAUCCUUCGGUAGACGAGAAACGCUCUGAUCUCAUCCAGCAUGUGAUGUCGAAUGUCUGGCAAUUACUGGAGUUAGAAUCGAAGAAGGAACAGCUGCGCACUGGCUUGGAUGCACUUGCAGUAGAUCUUAUAAGUAUUGUAGAGACAUGGUUACGGUUACAGGAAACUUCUACUUUAACUAGGUAUCCUUUUGACUUACCUGCAUUGUGUCAAAACGUGUCAAAAUUAUCAUGUAUUAAUGUUUUUAGGGAACAGAUCAUGACUGUUGUUAGCAUGGUAGAUGAACAGUUUCAGUCCAGGUCACAAAAAAUAGUCACGCUUCUCUUCACGGCUUUCAAACGGGACGAAGGAGUUUUGAAUGGCAGUGACUUGCUGUUUAUUCUGAAACUCUUCUACCGAGUUUUACUUUUUACUGCACCCGCACAAGAUAUGAUACUAUUAGAGAAUGUUUAUAUCACUUCUAAAACACUUAUUGAUAAAUAUGGAGUAAUAUGUUUGUCCCGAAAAACUGUGUUUAGGUCGACUCUGAUUCAAUCAAGAGCUUUAUUAGACAAAAUAGGGCCAUGGGCGGGUUGUUUACUACAUGACCAUAGAAGUGCUGUUAUAGGUAAGUUAACAAGUCUUUUUUGGUGUUUUGCUACUUGCCUUUUUUGCUGUCAUUUUGGGCCGAUUUCGCUCAGUGAUCUUUUAAUAUGCUGAAU